UCGCUGACACGAUUCACGCGAAAACUGCCCCUCAUUUUCUCUCUCGCUUUCUCGCGCUUUCCCUCCGCCGAGAAAAUCCUCCGUUCCUCCGCCGCGAGAGGGGGGGAUCCUCCCCGACGGCAGGCAGGCGCCCCCGAUCAUGUGGGCGCAACCGCACCGGAAGGACGUGGAAUCGGGGGCGAGGCCCCUGUACCCGAUGAUGCUCGAGACCCCCGAGCUCCGGUGGGCCUUCAUCCGGAAGAUCUACUCCAUCGUCGCCCUCCAGCUGCUCGCCACCAUCGCCGUCGGCGCCGUCGUCGUCUCCGUCCGCCCCAUCGCCAACUUCUUCGUCAGCACCGGCGCCGGCCUGGCGCUGUACAUCGUCCUCAUCAUCACGCCUUUCAUCGUUCUUUGUCCGCUGUACUAUUAUCACCAGCGGCAUCCGGUGAACUAUCUCCUGCUCGGGAUUUUCACCAUUACCUUGGCGUUCGCGAUUGGAUUGACGUGCGCGUUCACGAGUGGGAAGGUCAUACUGGAAGCCGUUAUUUUGACUGCUGCGGUAGUUGUCAGCCUUACUCUCUACACAUUCUGGGCUGUUAGGAGGGGUCAGGAUUUCAACUUCCUCGGACCCUUCUUGUUUGGUGCCAUCAUUGUGCUUAUGGUGUUUGCAAUGAUACAGAUCUUCUUUCCUUUGGGCCGGAUCUCUGUGAUGAUAUACGGGUGUUUAGCGUCGCUCAUUUUCUGUGGGUACAUCGUAUAUGACACAGACAAUUUGAUCAAACGCUACUCAUAUGAUGAAUACAUCUGGGCUGCAGUUGCACUGUACCUCGACAUUGUUAACCUAUUCCUAUCUUUGUUGACCGUCUUCAGAGCUGCCGAUAGCUAGACAGUGUUGUUCUGAUCCGAGUAUGUCCUCUCUGCACCCCUUGUUUUAGAUCUCUCCCUCCACCAAGUGAACAUACCAAAUUUUAAAAAAAAAGGGCAGUUAGUCAAUGUUGAUUGUAUAGAACGUUUGAUGCUAUACAUUCCAUGUCCCACCCAUCUUUUGGUCCGACACCAGUUGUCGGUCGUUGUAGCAACUUUUCCAUGACAAACAUUGGAUGUGUAUGCAUUGCAGCAUUUUGUAA